AUGGCUUCUAGCUCUGGUCUGACGCGCCGGAGAGGAGGCGGCGGCGGCGCUGCUGGCAACGGCGAAGACGAGAGCAGCCGGGUCAGCUCGCCAGCACCCAAGCGCAACGACGACCGCACCCCCGAAACCUCCUACGAAAGCUCCGAGAACGGCCACAAGAUCGCAUUCGAUCCCCGGGAUAUUAGCGAAAAUGCAGAGAGGAGCAAACAGCCCAAGCUGACGCUCAUGGAGGAGAUCAUUCUCAUGGGACUGAAAGACAAACAGGGAUACCUGUCGUUCUGGAACGACAACAUUUCCUAUGCGCUACGAGGAUGCAUUGUCAUAGAAUUGGCCUUUAGAGGCCGUGUGAGCAUGCAGAAGGACUCGAAUCGGCGACGUUUCCCCCUCGCAGACAGGGUCAUUGAGGUUAUUGAUGACACGUUGACUGGAGAGGUUCUGCUAGACGAGGCCCUGAAGAUGAUGAAGACGAGCGAAAAGAUGAGCGUCAACUCCUGGAUCGACCUCAUGAGUGGAGAGACAUGGAACCUCAUGAAGAUCGGCUACCAGUUGAAACAAGUACGCGAACGACUAUGCAAAGGCCUCGUCGACAAGGGCAUCCUCCGCACUGAAAAGAAGAACUUCCUGCUGUUUGACAUGGCUACACAUCCCGUCGCAGACGGCGGCGCAAAGGAGGAGAUUCGACGCAGAGUCCGGAACGUCCUCACCAACCGCACCGUAGUCCUCCCCGGCAGUCAAUUUCUCCCAGAAGAAUUGGAGUUCCGGGUGCUCCGAACAAUUACCAUGGUCUGCGCCGCUUAUGCCGCCAAUGUCCUAGAGAACGCCUUGACAACUUUGGGUCACGAAGCGCGAGAACGGGCUUUCGCUCAAGUGGACGAGUUGCUGGCAGAAUACUCACAGUGGCCAUUUGCAAAGAGACAGGGAGGCUCGCAGGGUGUAGGCGCAAACUUGGGUCAGCUCAUCACGGACGAAGUCAACGGCUCCAAGGAUAAGGAGCUGCAGCUUGAGCCUCCAUGCCUCGGCUCUAACAAGGGCAGCAACACGCAGGUCGCUCCUGCCGCGCGCAUUAGAUUUCACUACGCGAUGCCCUCUCCGCCCCUAGCCGACUCCCAAGCCCUCGAUCCGACCCACGGCGCGUCCACAAACGGCAACAGCAGUGAAGGUGCUGUCCAACCCGCAAACGCCCCAACCACCCUCAAUGGACCCGACAUCGCGUCCAACGAGAACAACGCGAUUCGAGACGGAAAGCAGAAAGCCAAGGCGGUCAUGGCUGCAUCCGGUCUGAACCUCCCCGGCGCGCAAGACGACAUGGCAUCGCCAGCGCAACCCGAAGCCAUCAACGGCGCGUCGCCUAGCAGAAAGCGAUCGCGUUCGGGAACCCGCAAGUCUUCACACACGCCGUCCCACGAAGACGGCGCGAAACCCACGGCCUCGCAGACCCAUCUCCUCGAUCGAUACAUUGCGCGCGACCUCCUCGAUAGUGUAAACAAGUACGAGCGCAACAAACAUUCCGAGAAGGUCUAUGGCGAACUGAACGAUCUGCGCCAUUUCUACCGCGACGAAGUAUAUCCUGUCCGGCGACAAAAUCCCGGCGCCAUCUUUGGAUAUGGGUACGCCGGCUAUGGCAACGGCGUGACCGACAUACCAGCCGAUCCCAGAGACCCGCGAGCCUUGCCACAAACGAAACUUCUAUACCCUGAACAUGCCAAGCGCGCCGGCCGUCGACUUGCACCGCAACUGAAGGUCUCGAAAGAAAAGGCGGUGCAGCAAGCAGAUCAGAUCGAGGAACUUGUACCUGUGCGUUUGGAUAUCGAGUUGGAUAGACUGAAGCUUCGCGACACUUUUACCUGGAAUCUCCAUGACCGCGUUACCAACCCUGUGCUCUUUGCCCAGACUCUCGUCGAAGACUUCCAAAUACCACCCGAACUACGCCAGAAUGUAAUGCAACAAAUCGAUCGCGAGAUCCACGAGCAGGUACAGGACUACUAUCCUCACGCUUUCUUCGACGACGAACCACUAGACCCUAACCAGCCAUACUCGGCAUACAAGAAUGACGAGAUGCGAAUAUUAAUCAAGCUGAACAUCACCAUCGGCCAGCACACGCUUGUGGACCAGUUCGAGUGGGAGAUCAACAAUCCUCUGAAUGCGCCCGAGGAGUUUGCAAGACAGAUGGCCGCUGAUUUAUCACUAUCCGGAGAGUUCACCACCGCCAUUGCCCAUUCCAUAAGAGAGCAGUGCCAGAUGUUCACGAAGAGUCUAUAUAUCACAGGACAUCCCUUCGACGGGCGGCCAGUCGAAGAUACAGACAUACAAGACAACUUCUUAGCCUCUCCACUCCCCUCCGUAUUCCGCCCGAUGCAGUCUACAAAGGACUAUCAACCAUACCUAUACGAACUAAGCAACGCUGAUCUGGAACGAGCCGAAUUAUCUAUCAUGCGCGAACAGCGGCGCCAAAAACGAUCCGUCAACAGACGCGGUGGCCCUGCCCUGCCAGACCUCAAGGAUCGCCAACGAACCGUGCGCACCUUGGUAGUUUCGUCAGUCCUGCCUGGUGCUGCAGAGACCAUUGAGGACAGUCAACUCUUCAAGGCCACGCGCAAGGUCAGGGAGGGCCGCCGCCGUGGCGCUGAGGGCAGUUCAGAUGAUUCAGAUAGUGACGACUCGGUAAUGGAGUCUCCGGCGCCUGCACAGAUGACUGGAGGUACUGCUCGAACCCGUGGCAUGCGUGGAGCUGCUACUGCGGCUCAAGCAGCAAUGCGGUCCGCUAUUGGGAGAUCAGCAACUCCCGAAGUGUCUAAUAUCCAAACUCACCACGAGCCACGGGCGUCCAGAUCCCUACGAUACGAGGCGCGUGAAGAAAGCGUUUCUGAACCUACAUCACUCAUAGUCAAACUCCGUAUCUCGCCCGCAAAGUUCAGGGAGUGGCAGAGGAACCCAAGAGCUUUCGCAAAGCCCGCUUCGACUCCCAUGAUGGCACCCUCGCAACCACCAGCACGAAGCACGCCUACCGCAAAUUCAAUGCCACCUCCACCAUCACCGGCCAUGCCUCCUCGCUCCACCCCGACCGUACCAACAUCUGUUGAAGCUUCGCCGAAACCGCCACCCACACCCACACCAUCAACACAGAAUAAACAAUGGCAGUACAGGCCGGACGGCUCAUUGGAGGCACCUUGGCCAGCGCCUGCCGCUUCACAACACCCUCCCACUCCUCCGUGGCUUCAACAAGCUCUUCAAGAUUUACGUGAUCGGAACCCCGGCGAGCUCUUCGAAUCUACUAUGCGCUACGCUGUCAUGAAUGAGCGCCAUGAGGAUCCGAAGACUGGCGAAUUCGUGUCCAGACAAGUCAAGCUGGAUACGUUGUCUCCAAACGCUCCCCUGCCGGCGAAUCACAAAGCAUAUUUCUUACCGCGAAUCCGAUGCAUAGACUGCCCAGGGAAACUUUACAACGCUGGACCCGAGCAGACGGUCAGUAAUUUCGAACUACAUCUGAAGAAUCGCGUACACAUGGAGAACGUGCGCAAACGGACUGGUCAGCCUUUGUAG